AUGAAAUAAUAAAAGCCUUUUGCUACAAAAUAUAUUGGGCAAUUAAAAUUAAGAACUCAACUUGUUAUUAUUGUUUCUAUACAAGUGCUAAUAAUUGUAUCCUAUGUUCUUGCACUCAAUUUAAUUCAUCAUUCUCUACUCAUAAAUUAUUUAUCAGAUGUGUCAGAUUAACUUUUUGAAGAAAAUUCAAAACAUAUAUUAAACAAUAUGAUGGAAGAAUACUAGUACCAUUAUAAUCAAGUCUUUAAUUUAAGUAAACAUUUCCAAUAUUUCAGACGGUAAUGCUUUGGUUUCAUUUCAUCGUUUAUAUCAUACAUCUAAAAAUCAAGUAUUACUCCAUCCUCUUGAUAUUAAUCCACUCUAUUAAAUGAAAUAUGGAGGAACAACCAAAAUUCCAGAUCCUCUAAGAAUUAUUAAGGGAUAUGGUAAUUUUGACAUUUCCUAUUCUUUUAUGUGUUAUUCAAAUCUUUCAUCAUACAAUUAACCUAAAACAAUAGAAGAGACAGUGGGAAUUAAAUUAUAAGAAUAGAUUCAAGCUGCUGGAUAAAUUUUUUAUUAAGGAAAUUUAAUAAACUAGUCUUUUUUGUACUCAUACAUCAUCAAAGAAAAAAUUAAUUCAAUUUAUCCAUGUUUAAAUAGAGAUAAAGCAAUUUAUCAAUAUGUGGCUGAAAAACGUGAUUGGUUUAUUGAAUUAAAAAAAAAUUAUGAAAGCAAAUCCCCAUAUGAUCACUAUAAUUACACAUUUACUAAACCAUAUUUAUGUAUUAAUUAUCAAAUUUAAUAGUGUAUACUGACAAGAAAAUUGGACUUUCUAUGACACUUCCUAUUGUUGAUAAAGAUUUAAAAUUAAUAGGUGGAUUAGCCUCUAAUUUCUUGGGUUCAUAAAUAGUUGAAAUGCUGAAAGUGAAUUCAUUUGGAUUUUAAAUGAUAUAUCUUGUAUCAGACAAAGGUGUUAUGAUAAUGCAUCCUUAUAAAGUAACAGUAGAAUAAUUACCUUUAUACAUAUAUAAUGAAAGUAUCACUGGAUUCAAUUUAACAGAUUGGGAAUAUAUCUAAAAUUUAAAUAAUGAUUCUUCUUGUCCUAAAUUUGAUCAAAUUUCAUCACUUCUCAAAUGCAGAUUCAAUUCUUAUUAUAAUCAAGAAAUGAUUAUUGGUACUCGUGAUUUUCCAUAAUUUAAGAUGAAACUCAUUAUGUAAUCUUAUUAAAUAUAUGAUUAGGUUAUUGAGUAGUUAAGAAUAUUUAAAAUUUUAUGAUGAUUUUUAAUCAACAUUAGAGUAAAAAUUACAUGAAACAACCAGUAAUUAUAUUAUUUGGUUAUUUGUUGUAUUUGUUAUUCUUUGCUUUAUGAUUAUUGUGGUUACAUAGAUAUUAUUUAAUCCAAUUGAGAACAUAAAAUAAUAAGCCAUUCAUUUAAUAAAUUAAUAAAGAAAAAAGAGAUAGUAAAUAUCAUAAUUUGCAGAAGUGUUGAUGAGUGAUGAAAUAUAAUCUUUGGUUCAGGCUUAUUAGAUUGUGAUAAAUAAAUUGGAAUCAUUAUCAUUAACAAAAACUAGUUUAUGCAAAUAAAUUGAAGAUAUACCAUAUCCAACUAAAUAAAUCUCUAUAACUUAGUCUGAUAUUAAGCAAAACAUAUAAUUCAACAGAUAAUUUUAGAACAUAAAAUUUGAAAAUUUAAAAGAUCUUUGUACAGAUUCAUAAUAUGAAAAGGCGGGAAUAUCAAUUAUUAGAAACGUUCUCAAAUAGAAAAAUAAUAAAUUUCUUUUAUAUUGA